CCCCUUUCCGGGCCAACCAGAUGCCGCGCAUGCCAUGCCAAUCGCCUGUGCAGAGCUUCUUGCCCGCUGUGCGCUGCUGCGACGUGAUCCGCUGCUGCUUCAUGCUGCCUCUGUCACUUUCCAUUUCUUCAGCGAGGCGUUAACUCCUCUGCGAAGACUUACCCCAGCUGACCUCGACAUCGUAGUAUCUUCGUCAUGAAGCUCUUCCUCCCUACCCUCGUCGCCUCCGUGGCGCUCAUGCUCAACGGCGGUGCCAACGCCCUCAACGUCAAGAUGCCCGGCGUCAACUACAACUCGCGCAAGGGUCCGGACUGGGCCCCCGACAGCUCCAAGUGCAAGACCGCGGCCGAGGUGCAGAAGGACAUGUUCGCGCUCAAGGGCGUCGCCGACAAGGUGCGCAUCUACUCGCUGGUGGACUGCAACCAGGCUGAGCUGGUGCUGCCGGCCGCCAAGAACGCCGGCCUGAAGGUUCACCUUGGUAUCUGGACGACGGCCAGUCACGACUACCUACUGCAGGAGAAGGCCAAGCUCGCUAGCCUGAUCGAUUCGGGUCUCUAUGACGACAAUGUCAUCGGCCUGCACGUUGGCAGUGAGACCAUCUACCGCGAGGAGAUCAACGCGGACACCGCCAUCAGCUACAUGAAGGAGAUCCGUGACUACAUCCGCAGCCGUGGCAAGAACACGUGGGUCUCCAUUGCCGACGUUAUUGACGUCUACAACGCCAACCCGCAGCUUGUUGACGCCGUGGACUACGUUUCCGUGAACCAGUUCUCCUUUUGGGAGCGCUCUGAUGUGAACGAAGGUGCGGCCAUCACCCUCGACCGUCUUAAGAGCCUGCGUGUUGCGGCGGCCAAGAAGGGCAAGAAGAUCGUUAUCUCCGAGACGGGCUGGAGCUCGGGCGGCUCGGAUCCCGCUGCGGGUGUGGCGUCUCCCGCCAACCAGGCCAAGUUCUUCUCGGACUUCUAUCAGAUGGCCCGCUCGCACAACUUCGACUACUACUGGUACGUCGCGUUCGACUCCAAGUGGCGCGUGACGAACGGCGGCAAGGAAGUGGAGGCGGACUUCGGCAUCUUCCAGGAGGACGACACCAUGAAGAGCAACUUCCAGGGCCUGACCAUCGGCUGGAAGGACCCCAAGGCGAUCCGCAAUGCUGGUACCAACCUUCUGCUGUCGGAGAACGGUGGCAACGUCUACAUGUCGGGCAAGUCGAACGAGUGGCUGGUGCAGGAGCAGCAGGUGUGGUUCUUCGACUCGGCCACGCAGCAGGUGCGCUCCAAGAGCAGCGACCGCUGCCUGGACGCCUACCAGGCCUGGGACGGCGGCAUUGUUCACGUGUACCGCUGCAUGGACAACGAGAACAACCAGAAGUGGACGUAUGACGCGACGACUGGCCAGUUGAAGCACGCCAAGCACCAGGGCUUCUGCCUCGACACGGACCCUGCGCAGAACAACAAGCUGCAGCUGUACGGGUGCUCGCCCAACAACGCCAAUCAGCAGUGGGGUGUCAUGGACCCCAGUGCCAUA